AUGUCAGAAAGAGAUCGCCAACCAUGUGCGGCUUGCAAGCAUCUAAGGAGAAAAUGUUCUAGUGAGUGUAUAUUUGCACCGCAUCUUCCACCUGAUAUGCUAGAAAACUUCAAAAAUUUACACGAAGUGUAUGGUGCAAGCAAUGUCUUGAAGCUGAUACGCAAACUUGAUCCUAGUAAAAGAGGAGAAGCAAUUCGUUCACUCGCUUAUGAAGCUACAGAGCGUCUUCGUAAUCCAGUCUAUGGUUGUGCAGCUGAUAUUUUAUUUCUUGAAUCAAGAAUACAACAGUUGCUUGCUCAAAUCCCAGUUGCCAGGCAAGAACUGUCCAUUUAUAUGCCACCACCUACUGCAUUUCAACCCACUUUGCCACAGCAGAGUUAUAUGACACCACCACCACCGCAACAGCAACAGGAUGAGGGUGGUAACCGACCAUCUAUUUCUAAUGAUGUAGAAAAUUUUAUGAACCAGCAAUUUUUGCAGCAGCGAUACCAGCAUUUGAUUCAGGCUCAGCAAUCGGCUGCUAUAUUAGAGCAACCUGGCAUGUUAAGUACUUAUGAGCAACAGCAGCAGUUUCUAUUGCAUCAACAACAGCAACAGCAACAGCGGCAGUAUCAUCUACUUCUACAACAGCAUCAGCAGCAACAAUUUUUAGAACAGCAACAGCAACAUCAGAAGCAGCAGUCUUUAGAGCAACACCAACAAGAAGAUCGUCAGGUUUUACAAGAACAGCAACAGAGGCUGCCCUUUUUUCCACUAGAACCACAAUGGCAAGAUGUGCAAGAGGGGCAUCAAGUUUUUCAACAACAACAGCAACAAGAGCGUCAGGAUUUACAAGAACAGCAACAGGGGCUGCCUUUUUCUCAACAAGAACAACAACAGGGGCUGUCCUUUUUUCCACUAGGACCACAACAGGGGCUGCCGUUUUCUCAACAAGAACAACGACGGGGCCUGCCGUUUUCUUCACUAGAACCACAAUGGCAAGAUGCGCAGGAGGGCCAUCAACGUUUUCAACAACAACAGCAACAAGAUCGCCAACAACAGCAGGGUCUGCCGCUUUCUCAAUUAGAACAGCAGGGGCAGCAGUUUUUCCAAGUAGAACGACAACGGCAAGAACGGCAAGAGCAAGAUUAUCUUAGUCCAGAUAUUGGAUGUGAAGGAGGAGGCUCAGCUACUUCUACUGGUGUUGCUGUAGAGCUUUCGCUUCGGCCACCACAUCCUCAGGACUCCCAAUUGCAGCAAGAGAAGUCUGAAAAUGAAGAAGCCAUGGAGUUCUGAUCCAUCUUAGUGAAGUUUUCUUUGGUAGUGAUCUUGUCAAGAAAUUUUCUGUUCAAGCUCAUUUAUAACUGCAGGACAGAAGCUAAAACAGGCGGGUUGAGAGAAGAGGAGGAUAGAACUUUACGUCUGAGAUUUAUGAAGUAAGCAAUAUUGUUUCUUUUCCGGGUUCGAAGAAAAAGAGAAAGACCCUUUUUUUUUAUUUUUAAUGGAGACACAACAUUUUGUAAUGUAGGAUUUUCAUUGAUUUCCCGGAAACAGCUUCAAGCAUUUACAUAUUUUAUUUUUUGGUACAGAAAAUGGUAGGUUCAGAGUUCUUUAGAAACUACGGUACAUGUAAAUCACAAAGUUGACAAAGUUCUUUCUACAGCUUUGCACAUAAAUUUUCAGUCUCAAGUGUAUACCAAAUUUUCUGCUCACUGCUGUUCUUCAUUACUUAUUAUCGGUUGUAAGUUAAUUACGUAUUAGCUGAUAUUUACAUUUUGGCUUAUUUUUAUAACAUUCUAACAUACAAGAUGGGAAGCUCUCAUUGUGGGGUUCUAAUUAUUCAGGAGUUUAGGUUACAUACCGGGCUUUCUUUCUUCUUUUUUUUUUUUUUUUUUCAUUUUCUUAUUUUUGGUUUCAAAUUGCUUGUUUAAGUGUCAUAAUUUGUUUUAGUUUAAUUAAUACUAUCUUAAUGCAUUAGGGUAGUACAUCAAUGUGUGUUUGUGCACUCAAAUCGUAAUUAAUGUUUUGCAAUUGCUAAUAACCAAUCAUGACUCAGCUCAUAGAUUUCAUUUAGUAUUAAUUCUGGUGGCCAUGUGCAUUGAAUUAUAAUUAGCCAAAUAAUAAUAGAAUAAUGGUUAGUAAAUAAUAUUAAAUUUAUAUUGAUCUCGAUCAUGGAGAUCCACUUUACCCCAUCACUGAAAUUUAUUUAUUUAUUUGCCUAGAUUUUCUC